GGCAGCGGCAGACCGGUAUCAUUAUGUGUAACCAGUUAAUAUAACGUUUUUGAUUGGCCCAAAGGACUAUAAUUAUGGGGUAAAACAUCUAGCUUAGCAGAUUCGGAACCUAGUCAGAUCGAAAUCGCCCUUUGGUUCCCCGCUAAGAAAUUAGAAAACAUAAUUUUUUCCCUUUCUUUCCCCAAUCCUCCUCUUAAGACCUAACGAUAUUCUCCAUUCACCUCUUACUAGCUCAUAUUCAUAUUCUUCUGAUUUCUAAACUCUCAAUCCAAUUGAGUUGAUCUCUUCCUUCUCCUACCGAUCCUGGUUGAAAUUACCACAGUUGCCCUUAUGAACGGGCGCUCGUCAGUCUUCACAUCACAGGAUUAUAUCUCUGACCACUUGUGGCGGUCUCUCUCCGCUUAAGGGGGCCAUUGAAUAACCUCUCCAGCUCUAACCUUUUUCUUUAUCACUUCAGAACAUAAUGUUCUCACGACUCAUCAUCAGGGCUACGAAGCCCGCAGCAUUCCGUGCUGCUGGGCCCUCGUUCCGAGCCCGAUUCCUCUCUACCUCCGGCAGUUUCGCCGCCCAGGCUGCCGAAGGUAGUCUGGGUAGGCAGAUGCCCCAAACUCUCUCCAGGGGUACGAAACCUGCCUCUGGCAUGGAGGCUACACUUACUAUUCGAGAUGGUCCCAUUUUCCACGGAACAGCUUUCGGGGCUAACUCGAACAUUUCCGGCGAGGCCGUCUUUACAACUUCUCUCGUUGGCUAUCCGGAGUCAAUGACUGACCCCUCGUACCGUGGCCAGAUUCUCGUCUUUACCCAACCAUUAAUUGGAAACUACGGCGUACCCUCCGGCGUGCGUGACGAGUGGAAUCUAUUGAGACACUUCGAAUCUCCCCAUAUUCAAUGUGCAGGAAUUGUUGUGGCCGAUGUUGCCGAGAAGUACAGCCAUUGGACUGCCGUUGAGAGUUUAGGUGAUUGGUGUGCCCGAGAAGGCAUUCCUGCCAUCUCAGGUGUUGAUACCCGGGCCAUUGUAACCCACCUCCGAGAGCAAGGUUCUUCCCUUGCUAGAAUCUCGGUUGGUGAUGAGUACGAUGCCGAUGAAGACGAAAGCUUCAUCGAUCCUGGCCAAAUCAACCUCGUGAAACGGGUCAGCACCAAAGCUCCCUUCGUUGUGGAGGCACAUGACCCCAAAUAUCAUAUUGCGCUACUCGAUUGCGGCGUUAAGGAGAACAUCCUUCGGAGCUUAGUGAGCCGCGGAGCCAGCGUCACUGUAUUCCCCUACGACUUCAAGAUCCAGAAGGUUGCCGACAAUUUUGACGGAGUGUUUAUUUCUAACGGCCCUGGUGAUCCAACACACUGUCAAUCUACUGUACACAACCUCGCAGUACUGAUGGAGACUUCUCAAGUACCUAUCAUGGGUAUUUGCUUAGGUCAUCAGCUCCUAGCUCUAGCAACUGGAGCUCAGACCAUCAAGCUGAAGUAUGGUAACCGAGCUCACAACAUCCCGGCUCUAGACAUGACGACCGGACAAUGCCACAUCACGAGCCAGAAUCAUGGGUAUGCCGUCGAUGCCAGCACUCUAGGAAACGAAUGGAAAGAGUACUUCGUCAACCUCAAUGAUGGUAGCAACGAGGGCAUGCGUCAUGUUUCUCGACCAAUCUUCUCGACCCAGUUCCAUCCCGAGGCCAGAGGUGGUCCCAUGGAUAGUGCUUAUCUAUUUGACAAGUACAUUGAGGAUGUGAUGGCUUUCAAGGCCUGUCAGACUGUCUACAAGGACAACCGGCCAUCCCAGUUUAUGCUUGAUAUCUUGAGCAAAGAACGAGUCGGCGUUCAGCCAGAACCUUUGGCCAGUGCUGCUUAAAGAGUUACAUAUGUAGCAUACACGUAUUAUUGAUUUGAACUGGCUGGGAUAGGAGUCUAUUUCUGGGAAAUUAAUGUGACAUUUUAUGACAAAUUACAAACAAUCUACAUUCGUUCUAACUUAUCAAUUUCCAUAUGAAU